UAGAGCAUGUGCAGAGUUCCUUUCCGCCUUCUGGCGUUCCCGUGCCUCUCCCGUGCGCAAAGGCGCGCAGCCACUGCUGUUGGUGAUGGCGACGGCCGGGCGCUGCUGAGCCUGGGAAGAGGCGGGCCCUGCCCUGCCCCGGCCGCUUGGCCCCGCCUCGCCCCCUCCCCGCCCUCCUCCUUUCCCGGGCGAGCAUGGAGAGCCGCGGCUGAGAGGAAGGCUCCCGAGUUCGGGGGCGCCUGCAGGAGACACGCUAGGCCAGGCAGCCCCAGCGCCCUCCCCAUGUCGGGCGUGCGGAGGCGGCAGGCGGCCGCGGGGGUCUCGUCGUCGGGCAGGCAUGGAGUGGCUCAAGAGGAAGACGCCUGCAGGAAUCCCCGGUUUCAUUUCGACUUGUGGUUUUAUUUCACUCUGCAGAAUUGGGUGCUGGAUUUUGGGCGCCCCAUUGCCAUGAUUGUGCUUCCAUUGGAAUGGUUUCCCCUGAACAAGCCAAGUGCUGGAGAUUAUUUUCACAUGGCUUACAAUGUCAUAACACCCUUUAUUCUUCUGAAGCUCAUCGAACGGUCCCCCAAAACUCUCCCACGGUCCAUGGUGUACAUCUGCAUCAUCACCUUCGUCAUGGGAGCCAGCAUUCACCUGGUAGGGGACUCUGUCAACCAUCGGCUGAUCUUCAGUGGCUACCAGCUCCACCUGUCCGUCCGGGAGAACCCCAUCAUCAAAAACCUCAAACCGGAGACUCUGAUUGAUUCAUUUGAACUGCUGUAUUAUUAUGAUGAAUAUCUGGGCCAUUCAAUGUGGUACAUCCCUUUCUUCCUUAUCCUGUGCAUCUAUUUUUCCGGCUGCUUCAUCCCAAUUAAAGAAGAGCAGCAGAGGAUACCUGUGUCUGCUUUACUCCUCAUUGGGCCCAGCAGCCUCUAUUACUGGUACCUUGUCACGGAAGGGCAGAUCUUCAUCCUCUUCAUUUUCACCUUCUUUGCCCUGAUGGCUCUGGUGAUGCACCAGAAGCGGAAAGGCUUGCUCAUGGACAGCAACGGACGCUUCCUUUUCUACUCUUUCAUCAUCACACUGGUAUUGAUCGCCCUGUGGGUCGGCUGGCUCUGGAACGACAAGAUCCUCAGGAAGAAGUACCCUGGAGUCAUCUACAUUCCGGAACCGUGGGCUUUUUACACCUUGCACAUGAGUAACCUGCACUCUGCAAAGGGGGAGAGCAUUUAACUGCUCUGUUGCAAGCACCAUUGAAGAGGGGCAUGAUGUGUGCAGUGGAUCAGGCCCACAGUACAGAGCAAGAGAAGUUCCUUUCUCCCCCCCGCCAAAAAAAUAAAUAAAUUCAAUGGCUAAUCCUAACGUAGCUCAGAUAAAGUGUUGCAUUCUCGUCCUAUGCAGGUUUACAUGGAAACAAGCUCCACUGAGUUCCUUGGGGCCUACUUGCAAAUAAAGCCAGGCCUACUCAGAAAUAAAUGCUAUUAAAUUCAGUGAGGCUUCAUGCCCACAUAAAUUGGGUUAGGGUUGCAGCCUAUGUCUGUUUAGGAUCACAGCCUUAGUCUGUAAUCAGGGCAUGUGUGGGUUGUACAGAGAAUUAUUCACACCCAUUGGGACCCACCAUUGAACCUGAAAUAUUUGUCUGCUUGAGCUCUAGGUUUCUGAGUGUUCUUCAUCCUUCUAGUUCCUAUGGCUGAUAAGGUAACCUUGUAAACACGUCAGCAGGGUCUGUGAGGAUUUCAGAAGCCAGAGAGGAUCAUCUCCAGCAGGCCUCCCUUGGUCAGGGCAGGUUCAGUGCUAUGCAUACCCACCCUGUUCCCUGUUUUCCUUCCUGUGUCCUGCAGAAUAAACUAUGCAAAAGAGAAGUGAAUUUGCUUCUUCUGUACAGUCUAGAUUAGUUCUCGCUGCCUUUUUCUUAAAGCCCAGUGUUGGGAGAGCCCACCAAUGUCUGGUUUUUGGUUUUGAGAGCAGCUACUGCUGGAAAUUUCAGUGAAUAAAUUUUUUUGUUUUCUUUUUUUCUUCAUCUUAAUGGAUUUUGAAAUGCCCUCUGAUCAUUUGGCAAGAGGAAGAAUACAGUGGUGCCUCGGUUUAAGUACACAAUUGGUUCCGGAAGUCUGUACUUAACCUGAAGCAUACUUAACCUGAAGCGAACUUUCCCAUUGAAAGUAAUGGAAAGUGGAUUAAUCCGUUCCAGACGGGUCCACAGAGUACUUAAACUGAAAGUACUCAAACCGAAGCGUACUUAAACCGAGGUAUGACUGUACUGUAGAUCCCACGGGACCCCACUUCUUAAAUCACUCCAUAGGGCCCUCCUGGGCGCACCAGCCGGAGGGCAUCAGGUUGGGGAAGGCUGUAGAAGAGGCAGGUGUGUGCACGCACACACAAAGCUAUGUUCAGAACCUGAUCCUAAAGCAGAACCUCAAGAAUGGCCACUGAGGCAUAUUGCACAGCUCUGAUCAGGAAGGCUAAAUUUCCGCCACUUUUCAAAAUGGAUGCUUCCUCCUUGCCGCAUGUCCUCUUCGUUCCAAUGUCUGUUGUCCUCUAUGCUUUCCCUUCCCUUUGAUACUCAGGUAAAAAAUAAUAAUUCUAAGGGAGGUGCAUGGUUAUUUCUUCAAAACUUUUUAAGGACUUGUUGAGUAGAACUUUCCUUUGUAACCUCAAAUUCCUGGACCGAACCUUCAUUGACUGUUCGCCUUCCAUGACUUUGCCUUGUGUACAUUUAUCCUGAGUGUGAUCCAAACUAAGUGGAUGUAAAAGAGUUUGUUGGCAGAGAAAUAAAAGUUUGCUAAAGUC